UCUGCCAGUGAAUCAGUCUGCUGGUGGAGACAGACAAGGAACUGCAGCAGAGGACACAAGUAAAGCAGUCAAAGCAGAGCCCCGAGAUGUGGUGCCUCCUCGUGCUGCUCUGCUCCCAGGGAGCUGCCUUUUCAGCAGGGUUCACAGCACCCUUCACUCUCGGCUCAGAGGGAACACAGCACAUGAAGCACCGCAACCCUGAAGACUUUAUGAACGUUAGUGAAAUUAUCAGAUAUCACGGAUACCCCUGCGAGGAGUAUGAAGUUACCACCGAGGAUGGAUACAUACUUGCUGUUUUCAGAAUUCCCAGUGGGAGGAACAUGCAAAAUACAGGGCAAAAGCCUGCAGUCUUCCUACAGCAUGCUUUUCUAGGAGAUGCCACCCACUGGAUUUCUUACCUGCCCAACAACAGCCUAGGCUUCAUCCUUGCAGAUGCCGGCUAUGAUGUCUGGUUGGGGAACAGCCGAGGGAACACUUGGUCUUCAAAACACAAGACCCUUAAAACCAGCCAGAAAGAGUUCUGGCAGUUCAGCUUUGAUGAAAUGGGUAAAUACGAUAUUCCAGCAGAGCUGUACUUCAUCAUGAAUAAAACCGGACAGAAGGAUGUAUACUAUGUUGGUCACUCUGAAGGCACCGCAUCAGGCUUUAUAGCAUUUUCUACAUAUCCUGAGCUGGCUGAAAGGGUAAAAGUGUUCUUUGCUCUUGGCCCAGUAACCACCUGCACGCAUGCUACAAGCCCUCUGAUGAAGAUAGCAAAUCUUCCUCCAGCACUGCUCAGGUUAACACUUGGCUGGAAAGGAACCAUGCACCAGAUUGGAUUUAUGAAAGGACCUGUGACGGAGUUCUGUACAAACAUGGAUAAGUUUUGUGGACAAAUACUCUGUUAUAUAGCUGGGGGCAACAUACAAAAUCUGAACAUGAGUCGAACAGAUGCUUUGGUAGCACAUUCCCCAGCUGGGACAUCAGUACAGAACAUUAUUCACUGGCAUCAGAUAGCACAAGCAGGCCAAUUCCAGGCUUAUGACUAUGGCUCGAAGGAAAACAUGAAGAAAUACAAACAGCCUACUCCUCCUGCAUACAACAUAGAGAGGAUAAGCACACCCAUUGCUGUUUGGAGUGGUGGACAAGACAAAUUUGCAGGUCCAAAAGACAUUGCAAAGCUACUUUCUCAGAUUACUAAUCUCUGUUACCAUAAGCACUUUCCUGAGUGGGGACAUCUUGAUUUCAUCUGGGGCCUUGAUGCGACUGCGAGAAUGUAUCGGAAAAUCAUUGAACUAAUGAUAAAGUAUCUUUGAAACCACAUGUAGAGUGUUGAUCCAUUUAGUAUAAACCUCCAAAAAUUUUAUUUGGCAAUAAGGGUGAUGCCUGGGGAAGAGAGAAACACACAGACAUGCAUAAUGAAUACCACUAUAGGUGUUCACAUGUAUUUGUUUGUUCCUUGCUUUCCACAAAGUUUGAGGUUUUACAUGAUGUCGUUGUUACCAGCGUCUUCCUAAGAAGGUUAAUGUGUAUGGGAAUGAAAACUGAAAACAUAUAUUUGGGCAUACUCUUCAGGGAGCACUUAAUUUGGACAGCUUUUAUUUGUACAAGACUGAUUUUCCUAAGACUAAACACUGUUGUUGUCUUGUGUGUCUUAUGUACCCCACAGCCCCAUUAUCCCAUGAAGACACAAAAAUGGGAUUUGCUCAUCUGUCUGUCAAAGGACAACUCACCUUUGUUUAAAUUAAAUCAUUUAUCCACUUG